GAUUCUAACCUAUAUAUUUUUAUUUGUUGUCAACGUUUACAACAACCUGUUAUUUUUUUUUCAUGAAGACAAGCCGUAAAAAUAUACGUGGAUUAAAAUAUUUCCACGCUAACUCUUUUUAGUGCAAAAGUUAUCAAUAAAAAAUUAUCAUUAAUUGAUUGUGUGUAAAAUAAUUUAGUACUGAAGAAUUAAGAAAAAUCAAAAAGCAGAAAAAUGACAAAAAUAAAUGUAAAGGAUAAACUUCAGGAUGAAACUCUAGAUCUCAGUUUGUGUGAUAUAGAAGAAGUUCCGGUUAAAGAAAUUGCUGCAAUUAGAAGAGCAAAACAUUUGGAUUUAUCAAAUAAUGCCUUAAUUUCACUACCGAGGACAUUCGUUACCCUAACGCAAGUAAUAAAAUUGGAUCUCAGUAAAAAUAUGUUAACGGAAAUUCCAGAAAAUUUUGGAGAAAUGAUUCAAUUAAAACAUCUUGAUUUAUACGGCAAUAAGAUAAGCAGAUUACCUUUGAGUCUUGGAAAUUUAAAGAAUCUCAAGUGGCUUGAUUUGAAGGAAAAUCCUUUAACUCCUGCAGUUGCAAGUGUUGCUGGUCCUUGUAGUAAUGCUAACGAAUGUCAAGCUUGUGCUCGUAAAAUUGUCACAUAUUUAUCAAACGUACAACUCACUAUUGAAGAGGAAAAACAACGAAGAAUAAAUGCAAUUUCUGAAGCAGAAAAAACUGUCGCGCCAAAGAAAGAAGGAAAGAAAAAGAAGAAGAAUGCUGAAAAAAUAAAAGCAAAGGAAAAUAUAAAAUCACAAUCCUUUGGUGAAAAAAUUGAUGAAACUGAUCAAAAUGAUGGGAAAUAUUUCAGUGUAAACGAAUCUCAAAAACGAAAAUCAAAAAAUACAAAAGGCGGUGGGAUAUGCAGUACACUCUGUAGAUCAUUAUUAUUUUUAUUUCUCUGGACAAUUUUCUUCUGUCUUCUUAUAGUUCUAGGCACCGUUGUUUUCCCCGUUUUUGACAAUCAACGCACACAGGAGACAAUAAGAUAUUUAGAAACGGAAACUGGUUUACCAAUAAGUCACUAUCAACAAAUUGGAAAGAAAACGAUGGAAAAAUUCAUCAACGACACUACUGUGUGGAGCAAUAAAUUGCGAGUAAUUGUACAAGAUUAUUACAAGCAAUACUUCCUUUCGGAUAAAUAACCUCAAGAAAUCAUUGUGAGAAAAUUGGAAAAAUGCCAGGUUUUCUUUUUCUUUUUUUUCUUAAAUCAGUGCAGUGUUAUAAAAAUCUAUUUUACUACUAAAAUAACUACUUGAAAUAUUCAAACUCAGACGAGAACUUUUGCAUGUAAGAGCAAGUUUGAAAUAUUUCUUUCGUUAAUGAAAGAAGUAAAUUUUUUCUAUGCCACUGAGUGGUAAUAUGAAUCUUGAAAAAAGAAAAUGGUUUGUAGUAAUUAUUUAUUAAUUAGUAAUUUAAUUAAUAAUAAAUAAUUACUUUGAAAUUCUUUUUUUUUAAGAUUAACGAAUUCGCCGAAUGAGUCGAGUAUUUUUUACUAAAACAAAAAAAAAAGGAAACUAUUUUUACAAUAAGAUUAUUUUUAUUCUUUUAAUCACAGAAUAGAGAAGGACUUAAAAUUAUAUUUGAAAAAAAAUGAAAUUGUAGCCUCUCUAAAUCUAAAUAUUGAUGAAAUGCAAUAUAUUACCAACGAAUGGGAAUUAUUAUUUAUUGUAUUGUAUUUUUAAUGUAUUUGAAAGUUUUAGCUUCUCUUUCAAAAAUUCCAAUUCGUCGAUAAUAUGUAACAUCAAUAAUAAUUUUUUAAUUGCAAUUUACAAAAGGGAAUACUAUAAUAAACAUCUAUUUUUAACAAUGGCA